AUGGUCAAGGCUGUGAUAUUUUCUGACUUUGACGGUACGAUUACCUGGCAAGAUUCCAACGAUUACCUGACCGAUACAUUAGGUUUUGGUAAAGAAGAAAGAUUGAAAAUUUUUGAAGGUGUCCUCGACGGCACUAAGCCAUUCAGAGAAGGUUUCACUCAAAUGAUCAGUUCUAUCGAAACCCCUUUACCUGAAUGUUUGGCGAUUUUAAAGGAAAAGAUCCAGUUGGAUCCUGGUUUCAAGAAAACGUACGAAUGGUCUUUAGAACAUAGUGUCCCAUUGAUCGUCGUUUCCAGUGGUAUGAAACCUAUUAUCAAGGCCCUUUUAGAAAAUAUGCUUGGUGAAGAAGCUAUCAAGAACUUGGAGAUUGUUGCUAACGACGUCGAAUUAGACGCUAACAACAAGAUGACCGUCACUUACAGGGAUGAAACACCUUUCGGUCACGACAAAUCAAAAAGUAUCGACAACUUCAAAGCGCACUACGAGGCCCAAUUACCAGAAGGUGCUGAAAAACCAACCUACUUUUACUGCGGUGAUGGUAUUUCCGACUUGAGUGCUGCUAAAGAAUGUGACUUGUUGUUUGCUAAGAGAGGUAAGGACUUGGUCACUUACUGUAAGAGACAAAACGUCCCAUUCCACGAAUUUGACACCUUCGAAGACAUUUUAAGAAGUAUGAACCAAGUCCUUGACGGUGAAAAGACUGUUUCAGAGUUGAUGGAAAACUGA